GGAUAAAACCACGGAAAAGGAAACCUUUUGGUUUAUCAGGAAUAAUGAAAAAAGAAAAAGAUACUGAAUCUGUGGAGUGUCCAGAUGCAGACUCAGUUAACAUUCCUGAUGUAGAUGAUGAGGGAUACAGCAUUAAACCAGAAGCAACACACGAUUCCAAAGAGAACCAUUUCUAUUCAAGCAGUGAUUCUGACUCUGAAGAUGAUGAACCCAGAAGGUUCCAUGUAGAAAUAAAACCUGUCCAGCCAAAUAAUAGCUCUCAAUAUACUGUGCCUUCCUUGGAUGAAUUAAAAGUAUCUAUAGGGAACAUCACUCUUUCUCCAGCAAUAUCUCAGAGACACAGUCCUGCACAAAUGAAUCAAAAUUUACCUAGUGAAGAGUUAACAAAAUCCAAGUUUUCUGCUCCAACUAAUGAAAAGGCAAACAGUGACCUCCUGGCAUGGGACCCACUCUUCAGCAGUUCUCUUGAAUCUUCCUCUUCAGCUUCCUUGGCAUCCUCAUCCUCUUCAGCAAGGCCCACAACUCCUCUUUCUAUAGGCACCAUUGUACCCCCUCCAAGGCCAGCUUCAAGACCAAAGCUGUCUACCGGGAAACUUAGUGGGAUUAAUGAAAUACCUAGGCCAUUCAGCCCUCCAUUGACUUCUAACUCCAGUCCACCUCCUGCAGCUCCUUUGGCACGUGCAGAGAGCAUUUCCUCCAUAUCCUCUUCUGCUUCUCUCAGUGCAGCAAACACACCUACAGUUGGUGUUUCAGGUGGUCCCAGCCCUGUCAGCCUUGGAAACCAGGACACCUUGCCUGUUGCAGUAGCCCUUACUGAAUCUGUAAACGCCUACUUUAAAGGAGCAGAUCCCACAAAAUGUAUUGUGAAGAUUACUGGUGAUAUGACAGUAUCAUUCCCAAGUGGGAUUAUUAAGGUGUUCACCAGCAACCCAUCUCCAGCCGUGCUCUGCUUCAGGAUGAAGAACACAAGCAAACUAGAGCAGAUACUUCCAAAUGCACAACUUGUAUACAGUGAUCAGUCACAAAGUGACUCCAGUACUAAGGACUUCUGGAUGAACAUGCAAGCUAUAACUUUCUACCUCAAGAAAUUAUCAGAGCAGAAUCCAUCUGCAUCCUAUUACAAUGUGGAUGUUUUAAAGUAUCAGGUAUCUUCAAAUGGCAUCCAAUCCACUCCCUUGAAUCUUGCAACUUACUGGAAAUGUAAUGCUAGCACUACUGAUGUUAGAGUGGAUUAUAAAUACAAUCCAGAGUCUAUGAAUGUGCCUAGUAUGCUGUCUAACGUCCAGGUUGUGGUACCAGUAGAUGGAGGAGUAACAAACAUGCAGUCACUUCCACCUGCAAAAUGGAAUGCAGACCAGAUGAAAGCAUAUUGGAAAAUAUCUAGCAUUUCGGAGAAGUCUGAGAAUGGAGGUUCUGGAUCCCUCAGGGCAAAGUUUGAAGUUUCAGAAGGACCCAGUAAACCAGCAACACUUGCAGUGCAAUUCAUUAGUGAAGGAAGCACCCUUUCAGGAGUAGAUGUAGAGCUCGUAGGCACUGGCUAUCGGCUUUCCCUCCUUAAGAAGAGAUUUGCCACUGGACGUUACAUGGCAGACUGCUGAUAUACCUGUGAAAGUCUUUGGAUCAAAGGAGUGCAAGAAGCUCACUCUGCCUCUACCUGUUAAACACUAUUUUAGCAUGCAUUAAUUUUUUCCACAUGUUGACCUACUUUGAAGCUGAACUACAGAACAGAAAAUGCACUUUUAAAAGUCAUUUUGCAAACUUUUUAUUACUUUAAAAUAGCACUGAAGUUAACUGCAACACUGUCUGUAAAUGAUCAAUUGCAAUAUUUGGGAAAAUUUGUUGAAAUCUUAGUAAAUUUAUAUAGAUAAAGUCAAAAUAGUAAUCCAUAGCUGUAAUGAAAGUAUGAAAAUGUAUGUUAUACUGUAAACAUUAAGCCUAAAAAUGUAGGAGAGCAAGUAAGAAAUAUUUGAGCUUUCCAUAAGUAAUAUUCGUUUUUCAGAUUCUCUUAGUUGCCAGCUUUUUAAGAUAGAAGAGGCAAAGUCUCAUGUAGUUCUUUUAUCUACUCAUGCCACAAAACCAGCUGAGUUAGAGAUGUAUAAAUAUAACUUG